GGUUGAACUACAGGAAUAGUUUCGUUUUGGUCAGUUUAAUGCCGCCACUCGUCCAAACAGCGUCGACGUUAUUUCGCGCGUGAAACGAAAAUCUCACUUCGAAACUUUCUAACUUGUGCAUUUAUAAAUAACAACAUAAACAUUCAGUGUAAAAUCAACACAACAACAACAACAAUAUGGGUACAAAUCUUUACAAGAUGUUAGCAGCUUUCCUCCUCAUCCUCAUCACAACAGUUUCAGGUGAACUGAAAAUAGUGAACUUCAAAGUACCAUCGACGAUAGAGUUCGGCUACAGCGACGAUCUGAUCCUGGACUGCGAUUACUACGUGAAAGGAAAAGAGAGCGGACUCGAGGUGAAAUGGUUCUUUACCAACGGCGAAGUGAGCAACGAGCAAAUCUACCAAUGGAUUCCGGAAAAAUCGAAACCGGCGGCGAUGGGUUUCCUCAGGACCCACCUGGAUCUUGGAUACACCGCAUCCACCGAUCCGAAGACAAUGUACAGAGCCCUGAAGAUCAGAAACAUCACCAAAGAUUUGACGGGGAAUUACACAUGCAAAGUUACAAGUUUCUUCAGCGAGGAUACUUCCACGAAACCGAUGACCAUUUACGAACCGGCAAAGGACUUUGAGUUGAUUAACUUGGAAGAAUCCAACACUGUGUUGUGUUCUGCGUACGGAGUUUACCCGAAACCUGUGAUGAAUCUGUACAUAUUAAAUUCGACGGAUAGUUCAGAGAAUCAGGAUAACAGCAACGAAACCCAAAGCAGUCAAAUGUUGGAUUUGAACGCAGAUUAUGACGGAGACGAGGAGGAUGCGAGCUUCGAGAAGGACGAGAACGACGUCUACAACGUGACGUUCUCGAAGACAUACGACGCCGAAAGCAUGAACGACCUCACCACCUUCGUCUGCGAUCUCUCCAUUCCAGGCACAACGUACAAGAAAACCAGAAAGUACUUGUACCUUCCAGGAUUUCCGACAACAACAACAAUCGACGAAUAUUUAAGCGAAUAUGACUUUGAUAAUUAUUAUUACGAGACUCCCACGAACGCUACCGAACCAGAGAACAGCAGCACAAGUGUAGCAAGUUGCAGUUUGCUGGUAUCGACCAUGGGAUUCAUCGCGCAUUAUUACAAGAACUAUCUUCAGAGUUAGAGAACAAAAGAGACGACAGAAAACAAAAUAUUUUAAAAAGA